AUGACGGAGCGAACUGUCAAAGCUAUUCGAGUUCAUGGACCAGGUCAAGGUAAAGACGUUGAAAUUGCAUUUGGCAAGGAGCAUCUUCAUGCAAGCGGUGUUUUCGCUAAUGUUUAUUCAGCUAAAUUGUAUAGACCAGUAGAAAUGACUGUUGCAAUCAAAAAAACUUGGUCCGAUGCCGGUUGGUCGGUAAUUAAUCCGGAAGUGUAUUAUCUUUCUCGAAUGAAACAUCAAUGUAUCAUUACACUUCUCUAUCAUUUCACUCUAACAUCAAAUAAUGAAACAUGUCAUUGUAUGAUUUUUGAUUACUUACCUACGGAUAUGGCCAAAUUACGACUGAGUAAAAUAGGUCGUCGUUUUCCGCUAUUGGAUGCUAAAUUAUACGCAUUUCAAAUGUUCUCGGCCAUAGACUAUGUGAAUGCCUUAGGCAUUGCACAUCGGGAUGUUAAGCCAUCUAAUAUGAUUGUCGAUGAUGAAAAGGGAAUCUUAAAAUUGGCCGAUUUCGGCAAUGCAAAAUUGUUGAGGAAAAAUGAAGAAAAUAAAUCAUAUCAGGUAACACGUUAUUAUCGAGCACCGGAACUGAUAUUCGGUUCAACUAGAUAUUCAACUGCAGUGGAUGUGUGGGCAUGUGGUUGUGUAUUAUCCGAAUUUGUUACCGGUAAAGUACUCUUACAGGGACGUAGUAGCCAGGAUCAGGCUCGAUUAGUCAUCGAUAUAUUUGGCUACCCAAGUACCGAGCAAUGUCAAGCAAUGAAAGUAAAUAAACCACGAUAUGCCCGAAAACGUGCCCGUGGUUUACGAAUAAUACUAAAUGCUUUCAAUUUACCAAUCGAAAUGAUUCAUUUACUUCAAGCUAUCCUUGUUUAUGAACCUCACCUAAGACUUAAAGGUAAUGAUGUACUCGGACAUUCGUUUUUCAACGAUUUGCGAAAAAUCCCAGCACCAAUACGAAGUAAUGGACAAGUAAUACCACAUCUGGAUUAUACAAUUUAUCAGGAAAAUACACAAAAGACAUAUUCCGAUGAAACGGAUGCUGAUAAUUCGGAUGAUGACGAGAAUGAAUCAUGA